AAUCCGUCCUCGGUGUCUGUCUCUUUUAUUACUCUCUCUCCUCUAUUCUGAGACAGAAGUCAGAGCUGUUCUCACUGGCAGCUACAAGUACCCUCAGCACUUAUUUGAAUCAGAGAGAGAGAGAAACUGCAAAACCAAAACUUUUUCAGCAAAACUUUUUUUUUUUUGUUCUUAUCCAGAUAUUUUUUAAAAAAGAAAAACAAUUAUUAUUUUAAGGGAUAUCACCCCUCACAAAAAAAGAAGAAAAUUAAAAAAAAAAAAAAGAUAAAAGUCUUUCAGAGGGAUUUUUUUUUUUAAUUUGGUGUCAAGAUGUCUGUGUAUUCACUGAAAGGAUUUUUAUUAGUUGUUUGCUGGAUUAUAGUGAACAGUUCUCCAACUCCAGGAUCUGAGGGACACAGUUCUGUCACUGAAUGCUCAUCAUGUUCCAUCUCUAGAUUACAAAAGGAUGUGCCAACUUCUCAAAAUGACAUGGUCGAGGCAGUAAAGAAGCACAUAUUGAAUAUGCUGCAUUUAAGGGACAGACCAAACAUCACACAGACAGUGCCCAAAGCAGCCCUUUUAAAUGCCAUUAAGAGACUGCAUGUGGGAAAGGUUGGAGAAGAUGGUCAGGUCCAAAUGGACGAUAUUACAGCAAUGAAUGACAUUUUGGAGCAAACGUCAGAAAUCAUCACUUUUGCAGAAGCAGGGCCUCCAAGAAAGUACUUGCAUUUUGAAUUUCCAAAGAAGGCAGCAAUUCUAUUGAUAAUUGAGGAAGCAGAGCUUUGGCUGUUCCUAAAACUUUCCAAGGGCAACAGUCGGGGAAAACUGACCAUCCGAUUAUACCAACAGCAGAGGUCUCCGAAAGAUCAUCGUGGGCUGACAAUGGAAAAAGUGAACUUUUUGAUUGCUGAGAAGGUAGUGGAUACUAGAAAAAGUGGAUGGCACACUUUCCCAAUAUCUGGUAGCAUUCAGCGUCUGCUAAACCAAGACAAGUCAUCUAUGGACAUACGCAUAGCCUGCGACCAGUGUCAAGAGUCAGGAGCCACUCCUACCCUGCUUGGGAAGAGGAAGAAAAGGAUGACAGAUGACAAAGACGCAAAACUAACUGGAGGUGAAGAAGAAAAGGAGCAAUCACAUAGGCCUUUUCUAAAGAUAGUUGCCCGACAGACAGAUGAGCACCCUCACAGAAGGAGAAAACGUGGUUUAGAGUGUGAUGGUAAAGUAAGUAUUUGCUGCACAAAAAGCAUUCUAUGGUCCAGUUUCAAGGAUAUAGGUUGAUGUGACUGGAUCAUUGCACCUCCUGGUUACCAUGCCAACUACUGUGAGGGAGGACUGACAAGUCACAUCGCUGGGACUUCUGGCUUCCUCUCCUUUCAUUCCACAGUCAUUAAUCAGUACAGAAUGAGGGGUCACAGCCCCUUCACCAGCAUCAAAUCCUGCUGUGUCCCAUCCAAACUGAGGGCUAUGUCUAUGUUAUACUAUGAUGACGGACAAAAUAUCAUUAAGAAGGAUAUCCAGAACAUGAUUGUGGAGGAAUGUGGUUGCUCAUAAAAAAAAAGAUAAAACAAAACUGACAUUGCAAACACAAAACACUAAUUUAAAAAUAGUGCAAAUGACUUGCAUAUAAGCAAAGAAUAAGUAUGUCUGAGUUCUUUGUGGAAAUAACUAAAUACAAA